AUGCGAUUUAUGUACAUGCAAUAAUUUUCUACGGAUUUAUAUGACUGUGUGGCAUAUUGUACUCCGCAUAAGUUUCAAAGCAAGAAAUCCGUCGUGGACACUGGAUGAUAAGACUGGAUGAUUAGAUCUUGAUUUGCCGCUGUGUGCCGCUUUUCAUGACCAUCUUGACCGAACCCAUUUCUCAUCCCCCGAACGAAUACCGCUCUCGAGCACCUGAAUUCUACGGAUUCGUUGCUUGGACCUCAACAUCCUUCUUAUUCGUUGUAUACGUUUUUUGGGCUUUACUUCCUGAUGAAUACAUUGUCCGGGCUGGUGUUGAAUGGUAUCCUAAUAGGGAAUGGGCUCUCCUACUCCCUGCAUGGUCUAUGGUCGUUGUACUCUUGACGUAUUUCACCUAUAUGGCUUUAACAAUCUAUGGAACUCCUGCGUUUGACGAGCCGUCAGCUGUCACGGAUUCCAGAGCCCAGUUUCCUCUCAAACGUGUUUCAAAGGAUCCAUACGAUCAGGAAACCAUGUUUUCAAGUUACGCACCAUAUGCCCAUAGUGAAGGAAAUAAAACCCCGCAGCUGGAGUUGUAUGAUAUCCCGAUUGAACUUAUAAAUCGCGUUCUCUACACUGAAGACAGGCGCUCCGAGCAAGAGUAGAUGCAGCGUAUCGCGGAUUGUAUUUUGUUGAACCUUAAUUCCCUUGGAUUUCAUGUUCCUUCCACGGCGAGCGGACAGCAUGGAUACAAUAUAGCUAA